AGUCGCGGCACUCGGGCUGCGCUGCGUGCGGAACCCUCCGGCUGCGUGGCCCCUGGCGCCCCGGGGCAGGAUGAAGCUGUGCUGCCUCCUGCUGGUGACUUUAUGGCUGUGCAUGGCCACCCUCAGCAGCAGCUCAGAACGCUGUGAUGACUGGGGAGUGGACACCAUGAAACAAAUCCAGGUCUACGACGGGGAACCAGCUAGGAUCAAAUGCCCGCUCUUCGAGACCUUCUUAAAAUACAACUACAGUACAGCCCAUUCGGCUGGCUUAACCCUGAUCUGGUACUGGAUUGGGCAGGACCAAGCCCAGGUCGUGGAGGAGCCAAUCAACUUCCAUCUCCCAGACAAUCGGAUCAGUAAGGAAAAAGACACCCUUUGGUUCCGGCCUGCCCUUCUCAAUGACACUGGGAAUUAUACCUGCCUGCUCAGAAACACAACCUAUUGCAGCAAGGUCGCGUUUCCCCUGGAGGUUGUUCAGAAAGACCAAGCUUCUUGCGUCAGCCAAUCAAUAAAACCCACCGAAGAGCUGUUCUAUUUGGAGCAUACUAACGAGAAGAUCAUUUGUCCGGAUAUUGAUGGCUUUUAUCCUCCCAGCGUAAAACCAACUGUCAACUGGUACAGGAACUGUGUGUUGGUGAAAGGCUUCCACGAACGGUUCCCCAGUGGCCCAACACUCAUCAUUGGCAUUGUCCGCGCUGUGUACGAAGGCAACUACACCUGCAUUGUGAGCUACACCGAGAACAGAAGGACCUUCAACCUCACCAGAAGCAUAAGGAUGAAGGUAGUAGGGUCUCCAAACACGGCAAUGCCACCGCAGUUUCUCUCUCCAAAUGAGAAAAUAAUCUACGAACUCGAAGCAGGUGCCGAGCUGGUUCUGCCCUGCGAAGUUUACUUCACCUUUCUGAAGGACUCCCGAACGGAGCUUUGGUGGACGGUUGAUGGAAAAAAUACAGACGAUAUCACAGACCUGAAAAUAAAAGUCUCCGAAAGCGUCGUUACUGACGACCUUGGACACAAGCAGGUCACAAAGACUCUGACCAUUCCCAAGGUCACAGCCAAGGACUUGAAGCGUAACUACACCUGUCAUGCCAGAAACACCAGAGGGGAGGUUCACCACACGGCCCUGGUGAGAAUGAAAGUUCUAGCUCCAAGGUACACCGUGGAACUGGCCUGCGGACUAGGAUCCACCGUCUUGCUGGUGGUGAUCCUGAUCGUCGUCUACCACGUUUAUUGGCUCGAAAUGGUUCUCUUCUACCGGGCUCACUUUGGAACGGACGAAGCCAUUCUAGACGGGAAGGAGUAUGACAUUUACGUGUCCUAUGCCCGGAAUGCCGAGGAGGAGGAGUUCGUGCUGCUGACCCUGCGUGGAGUCCUGGAGAAUGAGUUUGGAUACAAGCUGUGUAUCUUCGACAGAGACAGCCUCCCCGGGGGAAUUGUCACCGACGAAACUCUGAGCUUCAUCCAGAAAAGCCGCCGCCUGCUCGUCGUGCUGAGCCCCAACUACGUCCUUCAGGGCACACAAGCCCUUUUGGAGCUCAAAGCCGGGCUGGAGAACAUGGUCUCCCAGGGCAGCAUCCGGGUCAUCCUGGUCCAGUACAAAGCCAUCAAGAAGAGCAAGGUGAAGGAGCUGAAGCGGGCCAAGACUGCGCUCACUGUCAUUAAGUGGAAAGGCGAGAAGUCCAAGUACCCACGGGGCAGGUUCUGGAAGCAGCUGCAGGUGGAGAUGCCACUGAAGAAGAAGACCAGGCGCGCUACCAUCAGUGAGCAGGAGCUUUCCAAUUCCUCCCUGCGAGAUGUUUGAUAGAGGAGGGGGUAGCGAGGCUGGGGAGGGGACAAGAACGUGUCCUCUGAGGGUUUACAAUGAAGGAUUCCGUCGUGAGCAUUUCAGAACGGCACCUCCCUACGGCGUUUCAAACUGCCCUGGUCAGAGAAGAGCUCACUGGCCACUGUUUCAAACGUGCCCCCUUUUAUUUAGCUGGAUAAGACUGAUCAGCAUUACAUCAACUCUCAGGGGCUAAAUAUUUGCCAUCCAGGAGGGGUGCAAGCACCUUUGGGGGAAGGGAGGCGUUUGCAUGGGUCAGUGUUCUCACUCUCGGGAUCUGACCUGAGCCCUGCCCCUGUAUUCUGGGACCUUGAUCCCCCCUUUCUCUCCUUAUGACCUUUCAUCCCUUCUGAUUAGUGGCUCGUGGCGGUAGCCACUCCUCAUAGAAGCACCGGGCCAGUUUGAACAAAGUCACCAGACUGGCUGUUAUGCUUUCAGUAAGGAUCCUUGGAGACGGGAGUGUCCACGUUGCUCAUUCAGACACUCAUGAUUUCUGCUUCAGGAUGGGACGUACACUACAAUACAUGUUCACACCUAGCACUCGGCUGGCCCGUACCGUUCCCGGACGUGUUCCCAUGGGAACGACUCCCUUCAGGGACUUUACAAAUGUGAAGCGAUCGUCACAGAAAUGUACUUAUGUUUUGUUUUGAAGGUACUCUUGUGGUAUUUGUUUUACAGCCCUUCUGGCAAAAGCUGGCCCAGCUCAGAAACUCAUGGCAGUCUUCUGAGUUUCCAAGCCCCUGUGGUGCCCAAUCCUCGGAAUCGAGGGGAGUUUCUCCGUUAAUACAGUGCCACAGAUCCUGCCUUCACAUGCACGUGACCCUUAUUCGUAGAACAAGCUCAGGGACUUCACAAGGGUUGCAGACGGCUCCGCUUUACUGCUGAAGAGCAGCGUCCCUGUUCAACCUAUGCUGCUGGGCAUUGGAAAACACUGUGGAAGGAGUUAAAGGAGACAUUUUGUUUCAAAACCCAAACCCAAACCACCUCUCUCCAAGUUCUGCCCACAUCUACAUGCCCUUGGUGCGUGAGUCAACCAGCACAUCUGUUGCUGCCAGGCACGCUUGGGGUGGCACUUCGGAGAGCUCACAUUCCACUGGGAUGUCUGCACUUACUGCUCUCCCGGCCCAGAAGUGCAGCAGCGACAACAUUGCUUGUAUUUCACCGUAUAUAACAGGCAGACCUCAGCAGUUCUUGUUGAGACACCAGGGACUGACUCUGCACUAGGGUGACCAGAUGUCCCGAUUUUAUAGGGACAGUCCCGAUAUUUGGGGGGUUUUCUUAUAUAGAAGACUAUUACCCUCCACCCCCGUCCCCAUUAUUCACACUUGCUGUCUGGUCACCCUAGUCUGCACAUACUUUCCAGAUUUUCAGGGAAGGCUGAACGCCCCCUGCACAGAUUUUUAAGGAGUAUGAAGCAAUAAAGCAUUUUUAUUUAUUCUCU